CUUGGCUUUAUUUCCUUAUCGGACAACUCACUCCUAAACGCCACACUUCCUUUUUAAUUAUUCUGAUUUCAUUUCAAAAUAUUAAUUCCUUAGUUACCAACGCAUAACGCAUUCUCCUUAUUUCACACACACAAACCACCACGUACAUAAUAAAAAAUUGAUGACGACGACGAUAUUAGUCUUCGAUGCAUAACUUGAAACCGUCAUCGCCAAAUUCAGCUUCAAUUUCAUUCAUCAGAUUUUGACCCAUCAAACCCAACAAAGUUCUACUUCAGAUCUGAACCCAAAGUUGGAAUCUUUCUCCACUUCCAAACUCAAAUGCUCAAUUGGGUCUCCCAUCGGUCUUGAAAAAUUCAACCCGAAAAAAGAAAAUCAGAAAAAAGGUCAUGUCUGGGGCAGGACAAGCCAUAGACAUGGAGCACGUGGGUUUUCCGAAGGCAAAAUCCACGGCGGCUCACGGCGGUUCCAACCCGGCAAAGAAACAGGGUCCGGUAUCAAUGGAUCACGUGCUUCUGGCACUGCGCGAGACGAAGGAAGAGAGGGAUCUUCGGAUUCGGAGCCUCUUCAAUUUCUUCGAUGGCGCUAACAAUGGUUACUUGGAUUAUGCGCAGAUUGAGGCGGGUUUGUCGGCACUUCAGAUACCGCCGGAGUACAAGUACGCCAAGGACCUCUUCAAGGUUUGCGAUGCUGAUAAGGAUGGAAGGAUCGAUUACCAUGAUUUCAGGCGUUACAUGGAUGACAAGGAGUUGGAGCUUUAUCGAAUUUUCCAAGCCAUUGAUGUUGAGCACAAUGGCUGCAUUCUCCCUGAAGAGCUCUGGGAUGCACUUGUUAAGGCUGGUAUUGAACUGGAUGAGGAGGAGCUUGCUCGCUUUGUGGAGCAUGUCGAUAAGGAUAAUAAUGGGAUUAUCACUUUUGAAGAAUGGAGAGACUUUCUUCUACUCUAUCCUCAUGAAGCUACCAUCGAAAACAUAUACCAGCAUUGGGAAAGGGUUUGCCUUGUUGACAUUGGAGAACAAGCAGUCAUUCCCGAAGGCAUUAGCAAGCACGUGCAUAGGAGCAAAUAUUUCAUUGCUGGGGGGAUAGCGGGAGCUGCUUCUCGCACAGCAACUGCUCCUCUUGAUCGCCUGAAGGUGGUCUUACAAAUUGAGACUGGACGUGCUUCAAUUAUGCCUGCAAUAAUGAAGAUAUGGAAACAAGAUGGUUGGCUAGGUUUUUUCAGAGGUAAUGGAUUGAAUGUUGUGAAGGUAGCACCAGAAAGUGCCAUCAAGUUCUAUGCUUAUGAGAUGCUGAAAAAUGUAAUAAGUAACGGCAACGAGAACAAGUCAGAUAUUGGUACAGCUGGAAGACUUCUGGCAGGUGGUACGGCCGGUGCAAUUGCACAGAUGGCUAUCUAUCCCAUGGAUCUUGUCAAAACUAGGUUGCAGACUUGUGCUUCUGAAGGCGGAAGGGUUCCGAAGCUGGGAACACUUACAAGGGAUAUUUGGGUUCAAGAGGGACCUCGGGCUUUCUACAGAGGUCUUGUUCCAUCCCUUCUUGGGAUGAUUCCUUAUGCGGGCAUUGAUCUCACUGCUUAUGACACCUUGAAAGAGAUAUCCAAGAGAUAUAUUCUUGUUGAUAGUGAGCCUGGUCCUCUAGUACAACUGGGAUGUGGGACAAUUUCAGGAGCUCUUGGAGCUACUUGUGUCUAUCCGCUGCAGGUUAUUCGUACGAGACUGCAGGCACAACGUUCCAACAGUUCCACAGCAUACAAGGGAAUGUCUGAUGUAUUUUGGAAAACCCUCAAGGAUGAAGGCUUCCGAGGCUUCUACAAGGGACUUAUUCCAAAUCUCCUCAAAGUUGUGCCUGCUGCAAGCAUUACUUAUAUGGUUUAUGAAAGUAUGAAGAAGAGUCUGGAUCUUGAGUAGAGUUGUUAGUUAUAUUGCCUAGACAAUUGAGCUAAUAUCAAAGUAUUAUAGGGAACCUUUAGAUGGUUGAUGGUGACGAAAUUGAUAAGAGAUAUACACUAAUCCUUAGGCAUUAUUACAUAUAUAGCCAUUCUUGUGAGGAUAAUAUUAAAACACGAUUUUGUAGUCAGAAAGUUUUUCCCCAUGCUUAUCUGAACUAAGGCUUUGUUUGUUGCCUUAUAUGAGAUAUGGCAAUAUCAUCUUUUAUUCUUAUCA